CUCCUCCUCCCCCCCCAGCCUUCCCUCCCUCCGCCUCCUCCCUCCCUUCACCCGGGCGCCCUCUGCACUUUCUUCUCGAACCACCCUCCCAGGCAAACUUUGAUGGGGAACCUCGCAUCGCGCUGGAAAAAUGCCGGUUAUGAAGGGAUUACUGGCACCCCAGAACACCUUCCUCGACACCAUCGCCACCCGGUUUGACGGCACACAUAGUAACUUCAUCCUUGCAAAUGCUCAGGUGGCUAAAGGAUUCCCUAUUGUUUACUGCUCAGAUGGCUUCUGUGAGCUUGCUGGAUUUGCACGAACUGAAGUCAUGCAGAAGAGCUGCAGCUGUAAAUUUUUACUUGGUGCUGAGACAAAUGAGCAGAUGAUUCUUCAAAUUGAGAAAUCAUUGGAGGAAAAGGUAGAAUUCAAAGGAGAAAUCAUGUUCUAUAAGAAGAAUGGGUCUUCAUUCUGGUGCCUACUGGAUAUUGUUCCUAUAAAGAAUGAAAAAGGAGAUGUAGUACUCUUUCUGGCCUCUUUUAAAGAUAUAACAGACACAAAAGUGAAGAUUGCUGCAGAAGACAAAAAGGAAGAAAAAUGGAAAGGAAGAGGAAGACCGGGGUCACAUUUUGAAUCAGCACGAAGACGGAGUAGAGCUGUCCUUUAUCAUAUAUCUGGGCAUCUACAAAGAAGAGAGAAGAACAAGUUAAAAAUUAAUAAUAAUGUUUUUGUAGAUAAACCAGCAUUUCCAGAAUAUAAAGUUUCAGAUGCAAAAAAAUCCAAAUUCAUACUGUUGCAUUUUAGCACUUUUAAAGCUGGCUGGGACUGGCUUAUUUUACUGGCAACGUUUUAUGUUGCUGUGACUGUACCUUACAAUGUUUGCUUUAUUGGCCAUGAUGAGCUGUCUACAACUCGAAGCACAACUGUCAGUGACAUUGCAGUGGAAAUUCUUUUUAUCAUCGCAGAUAUUAUUUUAAAUUUCCGAACAACAUAUGUCAGCAAGUCUGGCCAAGUUAUAUUUGAAGCAAGAUCUAUUUGUAUCCACUACGUGACUACCUGGUUUAUCAUUGAUUUAAUUGCUGCACUUCCUUUUGAUCUUCUUUAUGCUUUCAACGUCACUGUGAUUUUCACUCCAUCGACUCUCAGAUGUUGCCUCAACAGAACGGUUUCCCUUGUCCACCUUCUAAAGACAGUGAGGUUGCUACGGCUCUUGCGUCUCCUUCAGAAGUUGGAUCGUUACUCCCAGCACAGUACAAUUGUUCUCACGCUUCUCAUGUCCAUGUUUGCCUUGCUUGCUCACUGGAUGGCCUGCAUUUGGUAUGUCAUAGGGAAAAGGGAGAUGGAACAGAAUAACCCCCUUACCUGGGACAUAGGUUGGCUUCAUGAGCUAGGAAAACGUAUUGAGUCUCCUUACUAUGAGAAUAAUACACUAGGAGGCCCAUCAAUCAGAAGUGCCUAUAUAGCUGCCCUGUAUUUCACCCUCAGCAGCCUCACCAGUGUUGGAUUUGGAAAUGUUUCAGCCAACACCGAUGCUGAAAAGAUCUUCUCCAUUUGCACAAUGCUGAUUGGGGCUCUGAUGCACGCCUUGGUGUUUGGCAAUGUCACUGCCAUAAUUCAGAGGAUGUACUCCAGGUGGUCCCUUUAUCACACAAGAACCAAGGAUCUGAAGGACUUUAUACGGGUCCAUCACCUGCCACAGCAGCUAAAGCAAAGGAUGCUUGAAUAUUUCCAAACCACGUGGUCUGUCAAUAAUGGAAUUGAUUCCAAUGAGCUUUUAAAAGACUUUCCGGAUGAGCUGCGUUCAGACAUCACCAUGCACUUGAACAAGGAGAUUUUGCAGCUCUCCCUUUUCGAGUGUGCCAGCCGUGGUUGCCUCAGGUCUCUGUCUCUGCACAUCAAAACCUCCUUCUGUGCUCCUGGGGAAUACCUCCUCCGACAGGGAGAUGCCCUGCAAGCGAUCUACUUUGUGUGCUCAGGUUCCAUGGAAGUCCUGAAGGACAGCACGGUGCUGGCAAUUCUUGGUAAAGGAGAUUUAAUUGGAGCAAACCUAUCCAUUAGGGACCAAGUUAUUAAAACAAAUGCAGAUGUUAAAGCUCUAACGUACUGUGACCUCCAAUGCAUUAUCCUCAAAGGUCUCUUCGAAGUGCUUGACCUUUACCCAGAGUAUGCUCACAAGUUUGUUGAAGACAUACAGCAUGAUCUCACAUACAAUCUAAGAGAAGGCCAUGAAAGUGAUGUAAUAUCAAAAUUAUCAAACAAGUCUACGCUAUCUCAGACAGAGCUCAAGGGAAACGGAAAUAUAAAGAAGACACUCCCUUCAAUUGUAGAAGAUGAAGAUGAGGAUGAGGAGGGAGAAGAAGAGAGCAGCACCCUUUCACCAAUCCAUACAAGAAGCACAAAUUGCUCUCAGCAGAAGAAGGCUGGAAGCAAUAAAAGCCACCUAGGGAGAAACUUGAAGCAGCUGGCCUCUGGAACGGUGCCCUUUCAUUCACCCAUCCAUGCUUGCAGUUCAAACCCCUCAAGAACCAAACAUGAAACGGAGCUCCGUUACUACUCCAGAAGGAAGGAGAAAAACCUUAAGUUACACCUUUCAGCACUGACCACCAGUGGUCCACCUGACCUGAGCCCAAGAAUUGUUGAUGGGGUUGAAGAUGGAAACCAUAAUGAGGAAAGCCAAACCUUUGACUUCAGCUCUGAUCAGCUCAGGCAGGAAUCCAGGUUAUCUCCUACAAUUGGAGAGGCCGAAAUUGGUGCUGCUGUGCUUGUUAUCAAAGCAGAAGAGACCAAACAGCAGAUCAGCAGGCUUAAUAACGAGGUGACAACUUUAACUCAAGAAGUCUCACAAUUAAGUAAGGAUAUGAAGAACGUCAUGCACCUUCUGGAGAACCUGCUCACAUCCCAGAAGCCUCCUGGGUUCUGUGCUGUGCACGGCAUAUCUCGAAGUCCUACCCUGGAAAGUCUGCAGUCUCGAAUGGCUUGCACUACCCAUCAACCUUGCAUGCACAUGCAAGCUGGGAACUUUAUUUGCACCAAAGCACAACUUUGCUGCAGCAACACAUUACGUGACAUUUGGAACACAGAUCUGUCCUCCAUAGGCAGCAGUCCCCAAAGAACUGAACCCAAUCUGCAAAAUUCUAUGGAGGGUGAAUUUUAUUAUACACCGGGCCUUCACAAUUCCCCCUCCCAGUAUCAGGUAAUUCAGAAAGACAAUUUACAAUUUUUAAGAUGCACCUCUCCCCAUUCAGACACUACCUUGACUCCUCUUCAGUCUAUUUCAGCAACUCUUUCUUCUUCAGUAUGCUCUUCAUCAGAGACAUCGUUACACCUCAUGCUCCCCAGCAGAUCUGAGGAAGGUAGCUUUAGCCAAGGAGCAAUCAGCUCGCUAAGCCUUGAGAACCUGCCGGGAUCGUGGGACCUGGAAGGAACAGCUGGAGUAGUUUCUGCACAGACCCCGGAUUUCCCAAUAGACAUUGUGACAAGCACAAGGGAUGUUAAAGAUAAAGAUUACCAAGCCAUAGACGUAUAAUGAGAAACAGUGAAGUGGUACUUGAAGCAUGUUCCACAGCUGCCAGUUUUAAAUUUAGAGAGUACUGCAUGACUGCUUUAUUUGAUCUUUUCUCUGGCGAUCAUGGAGACGUACAAACAUGAAAAUUCAGAUUUAUAGAAAGUAAGAAAAGGUAUUGCCAGUUCAUACUAUAGGAAAAAAAAAUAAUUCUAGAUUCUAGAAGCAUGUUGAAAAGCAUUUUGUAUACAGUUAUAACUUACUGGUCUGUUUGGCAGACUUUUGUGAUAGUCCAAAGACCCUGAGGGUCAGAGCAGCUGGAAGUCUAGGACAAAAGAAUUGUCACGGGUGGCUUUUGUUCAUCGAAGCAAAGGUUUUCCCUGAGUGUCUGACUGUUGUUCCCAAACAAUAUCUAUGGCACUGUUUGCUUCAGGUGAUCGUGGGUCCUGCUGGUCUGUUUGCCAGUGCUGUGAAGGCAAAGGGACAAUUAUCGCUGCAUGUCAUCUAGACAAUCAACCAAAUAGAGCUGGUAGAGAGUGGUUAGGUGUUGCACGUUAUUUGUCAUGUAAAUGAAACCUCUUAAUUUAUCUAAAAAUACUAUUUUUAUAUACUUGGUAUGAAAUGUACUUAAAAAUUAUUUAAAAUAUUUAUAAGGAGAAUAAGAGUUUGUUUUCAUUUUGGUAAAAGCUUGCAGUUUUAACAAGAAAUGCACUACCAUCAUGUAUUAGAUCAAAUACUAUUUAUUGUUAAGAUAUUAUGUAGUUUACAAAUGGAUUCCUUUUUAUGUGCAUGCAAUUUACAAUGAAUGUAUUCAUGCUGGUGGAAUACAAAUAAAUUAAGGUACUAUUUUAUCUAAAAAAAAAAUAAAACAGCUGGAAUGUUGUAUCCUAUCCUAAGUCAGCUAUUACUACUUAAAAAGUGAAAUGUUAUACUGAUAACAUUAAGUACCCUUAGUUUGUGUCUUAGUAUUGCACUACUAUUGAUAAGACCAAGUCAACAUUAUACUACACAUCCCUAUCUUGGGAUUUUAUAUCUGGACAAGAAAAUUAAGAUGGAUGAAAACCAUUGAGCAAUUUGAGGAAUAUUAAAGGAGAAAAUGACAAUGAUUUAGUCAGAAUCAAAGAAAUAAGUUUAAAAUAGUUAUUUAUUUGAUGAUCUCUUACUUACAUAAAUUUUUUACAGAGCACAGAUUUAUGUUUAACUUCCUUAAAUUUUUUUUCUGAAAACUUCAAAGACUAAGUUCAUUGUUAACAUUUGGAUGUGCGUGAGAGCACAAAUCCCAGCACUCUGCCCAACUUACAUCCUUUCACAUCCUUUUUCCCACUGGUACAAAUUAAGGACAAAGUGUCAUCUCUCAUUUUGAGCUGCCUGAAUUUUGUCAGUAUGUCUACACUUCAACAUGAGUGUUUAUAUAUAGGGUUUCUUAGCUCCCUUCUAUUCCAGUUUUUACUUAGUUUAAGGUUAAAUACAGAAGUCCUGAUUAAAUAAGACAUAACCCAGAAAUUAAAAAAUAAAUUAACAAGUACUAGCAAAUACAGGUCUAUGGUAUUUCUGCAAACAAUCCUUGCUCAUCUUUAGCAAUCUGCCAUCGUCCAACCUGCCACAGGACAGGGCAGGAGGAUGGGGCUGGGGGAGGCUGUCUGCCCCCCACACCGAGGGCAGGCACAUGCUAGCAGAGCCCCACUUGCCAGCAGUCAGGAGCUGUGUUAUGUGUGGCAGCAGGGAUGAGGUCCUGGCAGAGCAGCCAGAAGCUCGGUGGCGGUACGGUACUGCCUCGCCUCAGCAGCCGGCCAGCACACUGUACAGCCAUGAUGCAUGGGCACGUGUAGCACAGCUGUCUGCAGAUCCUGAUUCUCCACUGCCGCCUUCAUGCCACACAGGGUAACCUGCCCUCAAGCUAUUGCAUUAAUGAAAUACACAGGCUAACCUAAGCUCACGUAUCCCAGCCAUUGACUGGGGCUGCACAAACACACUCUUUGUCUACCAUGCUUAGUUCCCAAUAUCAUUUAAUAAUUUCCAUUACAUAUAUAAAUUGGGAGCAGUGUUUGCGUUCUCAUUUUAUAAGCAAUACAUAAAUAUGAGGGUGGUGAGGCAGUGGAACAGGUUGCCCAGAGAAGUUGUGGCUGCCCCAUCCCUGGAAGUGUUCAAGGCCAGGUUGGAUGGGGCUUUGAGCAACCUCGGC